AUCACUUACACACAUGUUCUUCAUAAACAAUCAAAUAUGGAACAAACUCAACCAGAAAUUGGAAUCAAAGUAUACAAUGCAACACCACCGCCACAAGAGGCCGGUUGCGCCGUCACAACCCAGCCUUCUGAUCCACCAGAACCCGGCAAGAAGCGCCGUGCCAUAAUGGCAAAAGGUGUUCAAAAAACCCUCUCAAAAACUUCCCUACUCGGAAACUUCCUUCCAACCGGAACACUCAUCACAUUCGAAAUGGUCCUUCCAUCAAUCUACAGAAAUGGCCAAUGCACUCACAUUCACACCAUCAUGAUCCAUUUCCUCUUAAUCAUGUGUGCACUCUCUUGUUUCUUCUUUCACUUUACGGACAGUUUUCAUGGGGCGGAUGGUAACAUUUACUACGGAUUCGUUACUCCGAAAGGGUUAUCUGUUUUUAAACCUGGACUCGCUGUUUCAGUUCCUAAAGAUGACAAGUAUAAGGUCGGGUUUCAGGAUUUUGUGCAUGCGGUUAUGUCGGUUAUGGUGUUCGUGGCGAUUGCUUUUUCGGAUUAUAGGGUUACUAAUUGUUUGUUUCCUGGACAUGAAAGAGAGAUGGAUCAAAUUAUGGAGAGUUUUCCAAUGAUGGUUGGAAUAGUUUGUAGCGGUUUGUUCCUUAUUUUUCCUACUUCAAGACAUGGAAUUGGAUGCAUGUCUGCCUAAUUUAUCAGUAUAUAUGUUCUCAUUUGUGUUCUUGUUUGUUUGCUUAUCUUAUCUUAUCUCAUGCAUUUAUGUCUAAACAAUGUGAAGG